CCUUGAACAUCAAUCGUCAUAUGACCCAUUCUAUUGAGUCUGCAAAGCUUGAGCCAUAUUUGUCUGUGCUAAAGUAGUUUCGUGGAGUGAGUGUUUGCAGAUAGUCAUCACAGUUUUUGGGACCUGUAAAUACUCCCGCACUUCACAUCUAAAAUGGCCGAGUCAAAUCCUAUCUAUGGACCCUUCUUUGGAGUUAUGGGGGCGGCGUCUGCUAUCAUUUUCAGCGCCCUGGGAGCCGCCUAUGGAACGGCUAAGUCAGGUACCGGUAUCGCUGCCAUGUCUGUGAUGCGGCCUGAGCUGAUCAUGAAAUCUAUCAUUCCCGUUGUCAUGGCGGGUAUCAUUGCCAUCUACGGUCUGGUCGUGGCUGUGCUGAUUGCUGGAUCCCUCGAACCCCCAGCAACCUACUCCCUUUUCAAAGGGUUCAUCCAUUUGGGUGCCGGUCUCGCUGUAGGCUUCUCUGGUCUGGCCGCUGGUUUCGCCAUAGGCAUUGUGGGUGAUGCCGGUGUCCGCGGCACAGCCCAGCAGCCGAGGUUAUUCGUGGGAAUGAUCCUUAUCCUCAUUUUCGCCGAAGUGUUGGGUCUAUACGGUCUCAUCGUCGCCAUCUACCUUUACACGAAACAGAGUUAAAUUAUCCAAUAGCAACCCGUCCCCUGUGCCGUCUUCUGUAACAUCUAGCGCACAGGGGGCGUUGUAGCCGGUAGCGGCCGAGCAUAGCGCCACGAGACACUCACCUUGUAGUACCGAUCUUGCUUGACGCAUAUCCUGGGACGCGGACCCGAUGCUGCGCCCGCGUCUCACGGAGACGCGACUUUAUUAACCGUUUUCAUUUACUAUUGAGGCACGAACCCGAAUCAUGGCUGACGCUACCGCGCGAUGACGGUCUUUAUUUAUAUUUUUAAUUUCCGCUAUACGUUUCGUUACGGUGAUCGGAGUAUGGUUCACCGACAUAUCAGUUUAGUUUGCUCGUCCACAGCCCCGUCGCGUUUCAUCUGGCGAUAUCAAUUUUAGAUUAUUUUAGCGUUAAGGCGAAACUAAUGUACAGUUAGAGUAGAAAAUUAAGUCCAAACAACUUAAAAUAAUUUAUGAUCCGUUAAGCCCCCGAGGUACUGUGUACCAGUAUUUAUUGCUGAGUUUACCGAGUUGGUCCUGGCUUUAUUGUAAAUGCUCUUAAAGUUUUCAGUGUUUAGUGGGUGUACUUAUCCAUACUAUUCGUGCUGUACCUGUAUUACGAACCGAUGGAUGUUCGAUGACGACCGAUUUGUAUCCGCAGCGAGUCAAAACAAUGUAUUGCCAGGGAUCAGUUAAUAAACAUGAUUUGUACAUUCCAUAUUAUUUUGUUUCUA